GCGAGGCGGCUCCGAGGGCCAGGCCCUGGCUCCCGGGGCUUCGGCUGCGCUGGCGGCCCCCUGGGGAUGGGCCUGCGGGCUGCGAGCGGGCACCGGCGGGCAGUCCAGGGAUGGUCAGGCCGGCCUCGCCCGGCUGCAGCGCCCGGAAUUCUCCACUUUACCAGUAUUUACAGGAUUUGGGCCAUACAGAUUUUGAAAUAUGUUCAGCUGUAUCACAGAAGACAGAACAAUGCACAGCAGAGGAGGGGCAACAAGAACAAGAUACCACCCAGAAAAACUCAGCGUUGGUGUCAGUAGAAACCGGAGCAUCUUACUGUGGAAUUUCUGUCCCAUGUGCUGCAGAGCAUCAAGGCAUCCUGUCAAAACUAGCUGAGCUCUUUAAAAGCUCAUUUCCUUUUUCACCAUGUAAGAAAAAAGAUGACCUACUCUACCGAUUGGAUGUUGGGUUUCGACUAGACACUCUCUAUACCAUCCUGCAACAGGAAGUUCUGCUACAUGAGGAUGUGGAGCUGAUUGAGCUACUCGACCCCAGUAUCCUGUCUGCAGGGCAGUCCAAGCAACAGAAAAAUGGACACCUUCCAACGCUACGCUCCCUAGCAACUCCUAAUAUUUGGGAUGUGUCUCUGCUGCUUGCCUUUGUCAGCGCAUUGAUUAUACUUCCUUCAUGGUGGAAUGGAUCAUUCUGGCUGGUGUGGGGACUAGUUCUGUUUGUCUAUGUGAUCACACGAGCUCUAGGCACAUGGAGGAUAGCCAAGCUGCUAAUGUCCCUGAGAAAAUACAGACUCCAGCUGGAAGAGACAGUGGCAAAUAGCCGCGCUUUUACUAAUCUUGUGAGAAAAGCUCUGCGUCUCAUUCAGGAGACUGAAGUCAUUUCCAGAGGAUUUACCCUUUUGCUUGACAGGGUCAGUGCUGCUUGCCCAUUUAAUAAAGCUGGACAGCAUCCUAGUCAGCAUCUCAUUGGUCUUCGGAAAGCUGUUUAUCGAUCUGUCAGAGCCAACUUUCGAGCUUCAAGACUAGCUACUCUGUACAUGCUGAAAAACUACCCUCUGAAUGCGGAGAGUGACAACGUGACCAACUAUAUCUGUGUAGUUCCUUUUAAGGAACUGGGUCUGGGUCUGAGUGAAGAGCAGGUGUCCGAAGAGGAGGCGCACAACCUCACAGAUGGCUUCAGCUUGCCUGCACUCAAGGUUCUGUUUCAGCUGUGGGUAGGACAGAGUUCAGAGUUCUUCAGACGAUUAGCACUGCUGCUCUCUCCAGUUAAUGCAUCCCCCAAGCCCUUGAUCACUCCAGAACGUUUGCCUCAUUGUAUUUUGUCUGAUGUGACUCAAAGUCUACCUCAAACUCAUGCUGCCUGCUUAGAAGAGCUUAAGCGAAGCUAUGAGUUUUAUCGGUACUUUGAAACUCAGCAUCAGUUAGGCUUGGAAUGUGCAACCAAAACAAAACCCAAGUCAAGAGCUCUGAACAGCCUUCACACAGCCGUGCGCAGCUUGCAGCUCCAUCUCAAGGCCCUACUGAAUGAGGUAAUAAUUCUUGAGGAUGAACUUGAAAAACUUGUUAGCUCUAAGGAGACACAAGAACUAACUUUAGAAGCCUAUCAAGUCCUAGAACAGAAACUAAAGCUGAUUCAGCCUCACAUCCAGGCAAGCAACAGCUGCUGGGAAGAGGCCAUUUCUCAGGUGGAAAAAAUGGUUCGAAGAAACCCGGAUAAAAAGGGCAAACCUGAAUCAUAUUGUGAUAACACACACUGCCCCAUGAUACCAUUACUACAGCCUGCCCUGCAUAUAGAGGACAAAGACCCAAUCCCUGAAGAGCAGGAAUUGGAAGCAUAUGUUGAAGAUACAGAUACAGACAAUGAAUACAAAAGGGAGGACUUUUAUUGCUUUUCCCAGGAAGAGAGAGAGAGACAAAAACGUGAGAGAGAGGAAUCCAAGAGAGUGUUACAAGAACUGAAAUCUGUGCUGGGAUUUAGAGCUUCCGAGGCAGAGAGACAGAAAUGGAAGCAGCUGUUAUUUAGUGAUCAUGCUGCAGUGAAGCCAUUGUCUCCUGUAGAAUCAGUGGAACCCAUAAAUACUUUGGAAUCCCCUCUGAAUGCAGAAGCAGGAAAGCAGGACUGUAGCCAAACUAGCGAUGAUUCUGAAGAGAGAGACUCUAGCCCAAAAGCCCAUGUCACUGUGAAUGAGAAAAGCAGUACUGAAUAUUUAUAUGAAGAUCCUACGAAGGAUGAAAACAAAGACAUUGCUGCUGAUGCAGGUGGCUCUCCAAUGGCUGUAAAAACAACAUGUUACCAGUGUCAGGGUGAAGGAGAUGAAGUGGAGACAACUGGUGUGGACGGAAUGGAGGUUUUACAGCCCCCUUUGAGGGACGCAUUACAAUCCUCCAUCAAGCAAAGGCUGGCUCAGCUUCAUAUAUCAACAGAUUUCAACUUCACAUCAGGUCUGGCUGCACAGGUUGCCGCCAGAUCACUUACUUUUACUACCAUGCAAGAACAGACUUUUGGAGAUGACGAUGACGAGCAGAAGGAUAAGACAGAAGAGAAUGAAAACCAUGUGGAAGAGAACGAGAAUGAAGACAGAGGCUUUAAAAGUGAAAGAGGAUUCUAAGUCCUACCUGAACUUUGUUAAACAUUGUGUUGCCUACUUGAAUUCCAUAAAAGGCAGGUGAUGUGAUUGAAAUAGCUCAGGCACGGAUUCAGAGAUGAAAAUGCUGGAUGGAAAAAUUGAGACCUAAAUGUAAUGCUUACUGUUCCCUAUGUAUGAAGCUCUCAAUAGGGCUUUCUCAAUAUAUUGAUGAUUAUAUGCAGGUAAGCUAAGGAGAUAGAGGCUGGACCCCAGGAGUAGUCUUUUGUCUUCUUCUGAUGACACCACUGGUGGGUUUUGGAACUUACCUAAAUAGUUAUGUUUAUUUAUUUAUAUUAUAUGAUUUUUUUCCUAAAAAGAAGAGAAAAUGAUGUCUUGAAUUUCAGCAUAUUCUGUCAUUUCCUGAUAUUGUUGUCAUAGUAGCAGUGUUAAUUAUAACACUAGUGAAAGUGAUUCUUUUUGAAAAACAUAAACUGUGUCAUAUGGUCUUCCACACCUCCUUUGCUUUGCCUAUAUAGCGUCUGCUAUAUAUUUGUUAACAACCUUACGUAGUUGUAAUUUCAUUGGUUAAAGACCCUCCCAAACUAAAAUGCAGAAUUUUAAAUAAAAAUGUGAAAGUUGAUGUGUCCUGGAGUACUGGGCUAAAGUAGUAAGAAGUUAGCCACUCUUCAUAUUAAGGUUCCAUUUAUAAGUAGUGUAUAAAGGAUUAAUAAGUGAUUAAUACAUGUUAUAAGCAAGUUAUAGACAUGAGUAGUCUGUGUUUAUGGAUGGUUAUAAUCACAUCAGUAGGUGUAUAUAGAUGGCUAGAAGUAGCCUGUUGGACUUUAUAACAAUAUAUACCAAUUCUUUUACCAUUUAUUAAAACACCUAUUAAAGAUUUGUUGGCCCUUUGUAAGUGAAACCUUAAUAUAGGUGUGACUUAGGUUAUUUACACUGGGUUACAAAGUACAGUAUUGUGUACAUUUGUUCUCUUGUAGAGCUGUGGUUCGAUGCUGGAGUAAAUUUUUAAGCUAAGUUAAAUGAGUAUUUUUUUAAAUGAUGUACAGUAAUUUUGUUUGAAUGUUAAACUUGCUUUUUCCUAAUGUUCUUUCAUGUUUCUCUGUAUCGCAGCUAUAACGUGUCUGUCUAAAAGAGACAAGCAGAGAACAUGCACUUACAUCCUUUCAAAUUAAGCUGUAUCUUGUAACCCAGUUGACACUUGAGUCUAAACAUAUAGUGUGGGGCUAUUUGUUUCUCUCUGCAGCACUGAUUUAGAGAGCAGUGAACUGUGACGUAGAAGGGGAGAGUAAUGGUUUCAUGGCAUUGGCUUCCUGCCCUCUGACACAAAGGAAGCCCAUCCUCAGAGUAAAGGCUCCAUGGCUCAGGCUGAGAGGGAGCAGACACACACUGUGGAUCUCUUGGACAUGGAUGGAUUUUAAUUCAGAAAUCAGGCCAGUAAUUACUCCUGAUAACUCCUCUCUGCAUCCGCCAACUUCUUGGGUGCGGGGUUUGGUGCACCCAUCAGCAGAGACUUAAUGGCAGUAAAGUUCCUGAGGGUAUUAGUUGCCAUGAGGGAAUGUGGAGCAAAGGGGGAGCUCAGUGGAUGCUCCCGCACCUGAGACAACAUCCCCUUGGUCAUUUUGUAACAAGACCAAGCCUGCCCUGCAACCUUCUUCCUCCCCUGGUAUUGAUUUUGAGGAAACACUGUGGGUGUAAAUAUGUGCAGUUUCACAGCUCCUAAAUGGGGAAAUAUUAACAUGUAACGGAUGGAGUAAGUGGCUCAGGAUCAUAGUUUACACAGUGUAUCCUCUGCUGUCUUCUCCCUGUUUCUUCUGCUCCCUUGCACUCUGAUUAAGGGACGGGAAUGUCUUUAAAUGCUUUAUUUGCCUGUGAUAGUGUAUUCUGUGCCCUUAUUUAGCCGUAUGUGGGUGGAGGCUAUAGAAUGAAUGAUGCCUAGGAUACAUUGUGGAAAUAUAGUCCUCUGCUCAACCAUGAUGUACUGAGCAGCUAAGCAUCACUUUUGGUAGUGGAGUCGGUUCUACCCCAGCCCUGAAAGGGGACUACUGAGAAAAUGGAACCGUUGAUGCAAUUCUCUCUAUGGUAGGCAGUUGUCUUUCUAAUUUUAGAACUGGUUUAGGUAGACUGGGAGUGUGUGGAACGUUGUCAUUCCCAUUUGAAAAGAAGUCUUCCUUGCCCUUGACUUAAGACUCUCAAGUUCACCAAGUGCCCUGAUAGUUUUUUUAAGCUAAUUCUUCCUUUUAUCUGGUUUUAUUUUUCACUGAUACUUUUUCCAUCAGCUCAUCCAUGAGCAUCUCAUGACCUUCUGUGUAUCCCAACAUUGCUAUCUCUUUUUCCUAAAUCCAAAUAAUGGAAUCCUAUAUCCUUUAAAUGACUGGAGAGAGAGAGAGAAGUUUUCAGGCUUACACAGAGCUCUCUGUGUACGCUCAAAAGCUUGUCUCUCUCACCAACAGAAGUCGGUCCAAUAAGAGAUAAUGCCUCACCCACCUUGUCUCUCUCAUAUUCUGGGACCAACACAGCUGCAACAACACUCUAAUCUAUUGUGAUAAAUCCUUACAAAAUUAUCUGGGCCUUGAUUUUCACUACUCUCGCAAGUUCAGCUGAAGUUAAUGGGAGCUGCAGGUGCUCUGUUAGCUACAAAAAUACACCCCAUAUCUUUCGUUUGAGCCAGUAAUUUCUGCAGUGUUUACUGCAGACCUGGGGGGCAAAAGACCCAAGAACAGACUCUGGCUGAGCACUUGGAAUUAAACAUGUGAGAAAAGAGUGAACCUAUGGAGCAAUCUUAGCUUUCAUCAUCAUUCAAAGAAAUACAAAUUUUAUAUGAGUAAAUCAACUGACUAUUAAAUGCAAAUAAAAUUGGCAAACUUAUCUAGUGUGUUCUUAAAAAACCACACACACUCUCUUACAUUUGCAUCCAUUUAAGAUGCCACAUGUAAUUGUACUAGUGGGUAAUCUACUUUAAUGGCUAUUUAUUUAAUAUCCUCCCUGAAGAAAAAUCUGGUUAACAGCCCACUGCACCCAAAGAAUGGUUUCCUCUGAUUUGAUAACUUGCUCCCAGCUACCUAUAAAUAGACUCUUAUAGUCCAAAUUUCCUCAUGAUGAUGUCUGUUGAAAAGUCAUUGUUUUCAAGCUGUAGAACCUCUUAAGCAGUUUAUUAGAUUUUUGGCCAUCUACAUUUCUUGCUGCAUUUUACAAAUUUAUAAAUUUUACAGUGGUCUGCAUUAGCACCCAGGCACUGUGUUAACAUAUUGUGCAUAUUGGAGAACUAAAGCUGAUAAGUGUUCUUUGAUAGAUAACUGCAGAAUGAGAUCUUAAUAAGAACAAAGUUCUUACAUUUUAGAUUUUGUUUAAUUUUUAAAUCUGAUCGUGUUUAGCAUGGCAUCCACAUUGAAUAUUGGUAGCCAGUGUUCUUUGCAGUGAGUAGAAUUGACAGCAGCUACAUUUUCCAUAUCCCAUUUAAAAUUAAUGCCUUCAUAAAGUUUUGGAGGCGCGCGCAGUUCUGUAUGGUUAAGUAAUGUCCAAGGUAUUUCUUCUCAACCAGACCCAGCUAGAAGGAAUCCUAAAGGCAAAACUCACUUUCCUAUAUUUGAUUGUAAUCUGAUAGCCCAUCUAAUUUCUGCCCUUAAGUUUUACAGCUAUAGUAGCAAAUAAACACUUGAAUAUAGACAGAUAUCGAUGAUAGAAAUAUUUAUUGUUGAUGAACACCAUUUUUUAUUGUACAUAACAUAAUAAAGUGAAAAGCCAUACACUAACGCAUGUGGGUUUGGUGAAUUAUAAACCAUGUACAACUUUAAAAGUAGAUUAGAACAUCUUUGUAUCAAUAAGAAGCAAGAUCAGCAGUUGCCAAGCCCUCUGUUGGUGUUACAGUAAUAAGAUAAUUGAGCUCCUGAUAAAUCGUUCCUACUCCUCACUGCAGACUUGAAAUCAACUAAUCCACAUAGAAGGAGAAAUACUGAUGGACUAGGUCAAGACUAACUGGUUUUAUUGAGUUUCCAAGCUGUACCUUAUGCCUGUGCUCCUUGCACACCCAACGCUUUAUUGAUUUCAUUGGACAUUUUGGAUGGAUGUGAAUAGCAGAAGUGCAUCACAGUUUUGUUAAUUUCUUUGCAAAUAAGCAAGUCAACAAACUUUUGAACUACUGAACUUUAUUUUCCCAUUGUAAUGCAGACUAGUUGUCUGUCUGUCCCAUAUGUCUAGCUGCUGCGAUGAGAUGAAAUGAAAGAAAAUAUUUGGCUUGGUGGAGCGAAAAAAGUAUUUAUAUUCAACAGGAUUUAUUUGAUAAAUGUUUUUCGUUACUAUGCAAAACAAGAAGUUGUUGAAUCAAAAUAAAACCUAGUUUUAUUUUCAGCAAUUGCCACCUGACCUAAAACACUCUAUGAAUGGCAAAUGGCACUUAUUUAAAUACCAGCUGAACAUUUAAGACCCCGGAUCUGGUCUCUGAUGAACAAGCCUUUACCACAACAUAUUGUGAAUGAUCAGUUACUAUACACACACUAAACUUACAAGUUUAGUAGCAGUGAAUAUAUGGGUAUCAAAGAUUGGGAAGCAGGCUGUCUGGUCAGGACUUGGGGCUUGUCUACACAGUGUUUUACUGCCUGGCAAGCCAGUACAGUGCAGAAGCUUGCCGAGCAAUAAUGUCAUAAGUGGACACUGCUACAGCACAGUAAAAAUCCCCCAUUGGAGCUUGCUGUAUUACUACUUGAAAGCAUUGUAAGCCAUGCCACGCUCUGGGACUUUCAUUGUGCAGUAGUGCAGCUGAUGCACUCUAGAUGCACAUCCUGGUUUGCUAUGCAGUAACUUGCUGUGUAGCAAAGCCCUUGAUCCUUCUUAGAAUCCUGACCCAAUCCUGACCCAACCCCUCCAUGCAGAGACCAGAAACACUCCCUUCUUCACAUCUUCCUUAGUGACUGUCCACAGACCCUAUAAUUUGCCAGUUCCCAGAUGAGGUCCACCUGGCAAUCGAUUGAUUUCCUAAGUCUUAUUGGCUGUGUGAUGAUUGAUGCUCCAUCAGUUUUCUCCCACUCCAUCACUAAAAGGUAAAAACAGCCAUUUCAAUGACACAUUAUACUAACUUUUAAUAAUCUCAGCAGGAGUUUUAUAUCCUCCAUGACAACUUAUCUUAAUUAUAAUAGAGGCCCUAGUUACCAUGUUGCCCUUAUUUACAAAUGUCUCUAAAUCCGUUUAAACAUUUGGGAGAGAAUAAUCAGAUCCCUAAAAAAAAUGCAACCAAGAUUUUCAUAUUUUAAAAUAUACCACAACAGUUUUGCGCAAGUGUUCGUCACAUGACCUGAUAUUUUCCCUACCUGUCAGUGACUCAGUAAAUAAGUUUAGAAACAUGUUCUGAAUUCCAUUUUGGCAUGGGUUUUUAUGUCAAGAGUAACUCUGCAAGCUGUCCUCUAGGAAACUGAAACACAAACAUAAAAUAGAGACCAUACUGGAAGUAUGUCAUUCAAAACAGAAAUCAAGAUGUACUGCAGCUCAAGUUACACUGCUUUUUGGAAGUACAUAUUGGCUUUUACAAAUAUCGUAGUAAUUCUGACUUAUGGAAGAACAGUGAACAUUGGGUAUAGUCUGGAAGUAACAGCAAUUUUAGUGUCAAGUCUCAAAAUAAGUGAGUCGCUUUUGUUGGCCUCUUCCCUCCACAUCUCAGUAUUUAAAGACUGGGUCCUGACCCUCUCAGCUGGGGGCAGAGGACUGCAAACAGUCUUACAUUUCUGAACAGAAAGUGACCAAUACUUUCCUUCACUUUUUCCUGUUAAGAACAGGCUGAUUACUAAAUAAAUAAAGGGUGGGAGAGGGAGUGGAAAUCAGUGCCUAAAAUCCCUCAUCAGAAGUCGCAUCUACCAGAGAAUGAAGUGUCGCGGCUGGGCAGUGGCAUCGGAACAUUAAGGGCUGCUCUUAAUGUCUGAUCCUAAAAAAAGAAUGGAUUUCCGUGUGUCAUUGCACAAUUUUAUAUGCCUUGGGAUGAAAGCCAGUAAUCAGGAUUGUCCCCACAGUCUCUCAUCUAAACUAGCAAAUGAUAAAAUCUAAACUAGCUCAUAGCUGUCAAGUUUUGUGCUGCUCCAUGUGUCCUCUUAUGCAAAUUAAUGGUCUAAUUUGCAUAUUUACAGAUAAUUUCCCUGCAACUGCGAACCCCAGCUCUGAAUAAAUUGUAUGAAUUUACUUCUCAUCGUGUAGUCGGGGUGUAGUUUUUCACCAUAGCUAUGUUGCUCUAACCCCAUAGUGUAGAUGUAGACUACAGCAAUGGAAAGGGUUUUUCUGAACCUCCCUAAGCACCAGUAAGUAAGUCACCAGAAUCGGUCUUCCGUCGACCAAGCUGCAUCUACACCAGGGGUUAAGUCAGCAUAGCUAUGCUGUCCAGUGUAUGGAUUUUUUACACCCCUGAACACUGUAGUUAUGUCAAUCUAAGUUUUAAGUGUAGACUGGGCCUCCAUCUACAGGGCAGCAGCAGGGCAAGCUUCCCCCUCACAGUGUCCUAAAAGGCUCUUAAAGUUCUUGGCCUCUCUACUGAGUCUGCAGUUAGAAAGGCGACAGCUGGUGGAAGGAAGUUAUAUGUGCUACAAUCAAAAAAUGAGGAAGUGUAAUCCCAGGGCCCAUGAAACAAGUACCGUAGGUGGUGGAAGGACAUUCUAACUUUAGCUCACUCACUAAUGGAGCAUUUUAUAAUUAAAAUUUUGAAUUACUGAAAAGAAUUAAUCUGGUUUGUGCAGUGUGGAUGUAAAACAGCAUAUUCUGUGAUAUCCUAGUAUUAGUCGGUCAAGUAUUUUGUGUAGACAGACACUGAAUGUUAGCACUGUUAGAAUGCUUCUUGUCUAAAUUCAGCUGAGCGGUUAUUUCCCUUUAGGAUCCUUAACAGAUGAUGUAUAUUAUUUUCCAUGUAACUUGUUUUAAGUGGAUUUAUUGCUUGUGAAACUAUUCCAUUUUAGACCUGGAAACCAAUAUCCUCUCUUUGGCCACAGAGGGGAUACAGCAGUGUGAAUCCUCAUAUUGCCCUAUCAGUUUGUCUCAGUAGUUGGCCUGGAGAAGGGACUACUCCUUGGAUUGAGAGGGAAUUUCAGUCUCUGUGGCCAUUCAAUCUUUGGCCUCUUCACCACUCAUUUCUUACAGCCCACUGAACAGCAAUCAUGUGGAAAUGACUGGGCUAUUAUUGAGGUGAUGGUAAGAGGUUCCAUAGUCUAUUUCCACUCUAAUAAGUCCUCCAGCUUAAUGACAAAGAAUCUGUGUCCAAUUUUAUUUCUUCUUUACAUCAUCUUGUUCAGUAACCUCUCCGCUGACCAAGUAUUCCAGAAAAUGUAAAUCUAGACUUUAUAAUUCAGGAAUGGUAAUACAGCUAGGAGAAGUCUGUUAGUUUAAGGGAGCAUUUUUGCUUCUUUAAUCAUGUUUGUGGCUGCAGCAGUUUUUCUCACUCUAACCCAGGUGUUGGUAUAUGCCUUUAAUAGUUUUAUUUCUGAAAAAUCUUGAAGAACUUUUUUAUAUAAAUUGGGUCAUCCUUGUGUAAGUAGGGAGAUAUAGGGAGCCAGGGCUGUAUAAAUCCAAUCCCGUCUUCCCCGUCUACUUCAGACAGUAAGCUAAUCACACAGUUUUGCCUCUAACCUGAGCUCCAGCCAGUAUUUCUGUAAGUGCCCCCACUUAUUGUCACCUUCUUAUUGCAUGAAAAGUCUUAGCCUGACUCUGUAACUAAAAUCUGCAUGCAGCCUCCAUUUCAUAUUCUUUACCCUGGUUUCUGGUUUCAUUACAACUCAUCUAACUAAAUAGACCUUCUAGAAUCAAACCCAGCAGCUGUACAGCGCACACUGUUCCUUUUGUUGUCAGCUUUAUUUUGACUACACGUUGAAGCUUGGCUGUAGAAAGACUGGAUGCCAGGGGGUAUGGUGGCCACUUGUUCUCGAGUCUAUUUGCAAUUUAAAGACAUUGUAAGUUCUCAGUCUCCAUUCUUCCCUUAACAUCUAAGUUUAAGUUUUUAUUGAUGCAGUUGGACUUUGAACUCAUGGAGCAAUGUUCCUGUGGUGCCUGAUGGUGGAUUUUAAGCUGGUCCUGUUGGUUUUUAAGGCCCUGGCUGUAUGCGAAACCUCGUCCCCCGCCUGGCUAAUAUUCAGCCCCUGUGCACAUCUGCUGCUUCGGUUUCCCCUCUCAGCAGUCAUCCAGGACUUUUAGGUUAUUGCGGUGACUCACCCCUUUUACUCUUCCGAAGUUAAGGUCCAAAAGGAAACACAAUCAUUCUUCUGCCCCAGACUCUCGCUAGGCACAAGUCUUCUGAGAGUCUGUCUUCUCCCUCAACAGUUUUUAGCUCUUCUCUUUGGUUCAGCUGCCAACCUUCCUAGGCUUCAAAUGCUCCCUUCUUCUCCCUUGUUGACAAGGGUGUAUGCACCACUCCAUAGAGUGGCAGCAUUGGGGCACCUAUGUCCACCCUCUGCUACCAGUCUCCAGCCUUGAGAACUCUGUGAACUCUGCCCUGUAACCCGAACUGCCCUGACUUUUCUUCCCAGGGCCUCUUCCUGUAUGCUCAGCCUGGCCUCCUUGUUGGCCCUUUCCCAGCUGGUCUCCUGCUCUCUCCUGGAGCACUCCCUUCCUUGGAGUCUCCCUCCUGACUGACCACAGGCUGCCCAUGUCUCCCAGCAGGUCUCUUAGUCACAUGCUCCCUGUCAUGUGCUCCUCUUGUUAAUUUCCACGCCUUGGGGAGGUGAGCUCAGUCUGUCCUAGAUGAGGCUGAGCCCUAACCCCGAUAAAAGAACCAGCACCCCCUGUGACAGGCUCUGACAACACCCGCUGUCUCACCAUUCUGCCUUUGAGCUGUGUGGCUCAGCAGGUGUUUGUGCUUUUACUUUUAGGAGCUUCAGGGAUUGGAACUUGCUUUGUCGGGUCAUCUGCCUCAGUUUCUCAUGCUUCUAAAAGAGCAUCUAGGAAAUGUGUUUCCAGAGGAGGUUUGUGGGGUUUUAUUUUUACUAUGUCUGUCCUGAAUAGGACCUUCCCCCAUUUUAAUUAGGCUGCAUUGUUGGGUCUUGUAUGUUUUUCUUAUACUGAUGGUUUAUAUAACUUUAAAUUGCCAUGUAGCACUCCAAGCGCCUUGGCUGGGAAGCUUUAGUGUGUGUUCUUUCCCAUAUUGUACCUUACGGUUACUUAUGAAGGAGGCAAACAAAUAGAUAACCGCACAAGAAAAAUUAAGUAAGGGAAGGAAAACAGAGAUGCACUUGAGCAGAUUGCUACGCAGGCUGUAUGAAUGUAUCUGAAAUGCAAACUGAUGUUACAAAUGUAAUCGGAAAAGCCAUUUAAUCUUGUUUACGCCUUAUCAAGCCUUUAAUGCUCCUCUGCAUUUCCUGCCCACUGAUUCCUGGCCUUGCUGUUAGCUCUUGUAUUUCCCUAAAAGGGUUCUUAAAGCCAUAGCCACAGUAUAGAUUGCCAAGGGGAAGCCAGGGAACGAAAAGGAUCCUGAAAGUCUUGAUUAUUAUUAUUAUUUUAUUUAUUAACAAACUAAAUGACAGCCCAAGUGUAAGAGGAACAUCCUGACAAAAGAACAAACUGCAGUGAGAAAUUGACAAUGGGGCUAAUUUGUGCAGGGAGUAUGGAGUGGAUCUGUUUGUGAAACGAGCCUGUGCUGUGAAAUUCCCAGGCAUUGACAGGAUUCCCACUCCCUUUACUGUGAGGUGGAGACAGGAAACAAUUUAGACACCAUAGAAGUCCUUUUCAAUCUCUGUAUUGAGCAGUUGGGCCCCAGCAUCCCUGAGUUCAUCUUCAAGACCCCUACCCUGUCCACACUUAAGUUCCAGUUAAAGAUGAUUCACUGUCAGCAGCAUAGCAGACACUAAGAUGACCUAUAUAUAAGUUAUGUCAGUUAUUCCUCUUCCUCUAAACUCUGUCUAGAGUUUAUCUAUUCCUUAGGUUGGGAGUUCUCAAUGGAAGCACUCCUUCUGCGGUGUUUGAAAAGCACCUAGAACAUGAGGGGACCACCAUAAAUUGAUCAUUCAUAACAGUAACAGUGGGUCGACUCCACUGGGAACCCUCAUGUAGGUAGCCUGCCAGCCACUGACACUGGUUUAAGAACUGUUUUGAUGAGAUUGGCUCUGAGCAGGUUUAUAUGACAAGGUGCUUAGAAAAGGAUCUGCAGCCUACAGCCUUCUGCUUUAGAGCUCUCAGCACUGCUGAUACUGGGGAGCUGAAUGGCUAUUAGCAAAAGUGGGAAACAGGAAAAAUUCCUUUGUGUAGAAGGGGCCAAUGAGUUGAGUAACCUUCAACCACCUUGCAUCGGUGAGUUUUUCAUACCAGUUUCUCUGUGAUGGUGUCUGUUGCCUGUGGCCCUUUCCCAAUUGCUCUUGUGUCUCUUCUCCUUUUUCUCCAAUCUUAUUUAUCCCCAUCCCUUCUCCCGUAGCUGUGAAGCAGGCCAUGGCAUCUUUGUCACAUGUUUUCCUGUAUUCUUUAAUUCACUAUUUGUUAAGGGCUUUCUUUAUAUUCUGCUUGGGGUGAGUUCCCUCCAUUUUGGAAUUUUUUCUUCUGUGGAACUCAACAUUUGCCACUUUGAAAGUCUUUCUGGUUACCCUUAUAUUUUUUCUUAUUUUUCUCUCUAGCAUAUGUAACCCAACCACUUCCCCUGCUGUCGCCACCACCACCUUUCCCCCUCUAUUCAUGAGGGCUGCCUGUACUUUUACCCUUUGAUUAGCUGUGAUUGGAUGAGUGGGGAAAAUGGCAAAGUGGACAUGCUCUAUUAGCACUGCGGUUUUGUUCUAUUUAUGUGGAAGUCUGCUUAUAAUUUGACCUUCCCCUGAAGAUGAAUUUCCUGCUAGAUAUCUUGGCAAUAGCUAGUUUCUGCAGUAUAUAGUGCUGGCUCAUUGAUACAAGCACUUUAGUAAUGAACACUGGUUACUCCUGGCCAUAUACCAAAUGACUGAAGAGUGAUUUUCUACAUAAUGUGGGCUCUCUGUUGCACCUUCCCUUACUCUGACAAGGCCCCAUGUACUAUAUGACCAUGCGGUAGGGCCCUCACUUCCCUUUUGUCAAGUUGCUGCAAAAAUCCCUUUGUGUCACAUAAAUAGCUGACAUGGGGGCUUGGUAGAGAGGAGACAAGGUAUCAACUGAGGAGGCUGGCAGCAGGGGGAGGCUUUUGGAGCAAGAGUUUGGCUCAGGAGAGCUGCGGGUGCGUUCCCCAGCUGUGAAGUUCCUAAGAGUCCCAGAAAAUGGAACUUCCUCUCUACAGCCUGGGGGCUCCCAAAGAGCCGGGACAGGACAGCGAGGGAGGGGAGCUAUGCCGCUGGGGGCGUGGCUCCCACACAUUGUUCCUAGACUAUGGACUUGUCUUCCCUGCAGACUUAACUCAGGCUCAGUUGCGGGGUUUUCCCUUAACAUGCUCCAUGUUGGCACAUCCACAUGUGUCACUCUGUCAGUGCUUCACGACGAGGUAGCCACCACUCCUUGAGCUAUAGUGCAGACCCCAAAGUAGCUGUUAAUGUGUACUGCUUCCCUGAGGUAGCUGCAGUGAAGACAUACAGCCUUGGGAACUCACAACAAUCGAGACAUGAUGGUCUCCGAUCCCUUCCCAUAAACCCAUUGACCAGAGGUGGAUUAUCAGUCUGCCUCUGCUCAGCUCCUUCCUCCACUCUGCUCAGCUUCCUGCUUGCAGUUUCUCCAGCUUCACCCUUCUCCCCUGCUUGAUACAGCAGAACAAUUCCCCCUAACGAGGCUGUAUCUUAGCGUGUAGCCACAUGACCAUAUGAACAUAUGUGAAUCUUGGUGCAGCUUUGGGCUGGACCUUGGGAUAUGUGCCCAGAUAGUUGUAUUCCAUGUCACAACCAGAUACAGUAAUAGAAUCGAUGAGGGGCAUGGCAGCACAGUCUGAGGUCAUGCUAUUGCGGGUUAGGCUACCACAAUAGCUUAACUGACCCUGUGAUUGCUUAUCCCCAUGCUUAGCGUGCGGUGAAGGCAGAUGCUGUGCCCCGAUGGUGGUAGGAGCUCCACAGGGCAGCCCCCUUUUUCUGUGAACUUUCCUUCACCUGGGUUUCAGGUUAACAGCUGCCAGCCCCCUCCUAGAGCCUUUUUCCACCCAGGUAUGACUCAUCAGAAAUAUCCCUCGACUUAUUCCUGGCUGCUGCCACGUGUCCCCCGGAAAGAUGGGAAGCAUAGAGCUGGUUUAUGGCAGCAGGCUGGGGGAGGGGAAAUUGCUUGGUCUCUUUAGGGAAAGGAGGCUUGUAGGAGAGAUUGUCUGCUGUGUUGGGCCUUGGUGUAUAAUUUAGUUCUAAUGAAUUGCAUAGUACAAAAGAUCUUUCAUUCUACUGAUGAAAACACUAUAUAAGAGCUAGGUAUUAUUAUUAUCACUUGCCAUUUCCAGUACUUUUGAUCUUGAAUAUGGAACAGAUCAAAUUGCUGCUGUUAGAGAGAGGGAUCGAUUUACUCCUCCCCCCCAAAUUCUUUAUAUUUUUCUUCUCAGAAAGUUUUGAGCUGCCUCUGUGUAUUCUUCAUAACGUACCAUAUGCAAAUAUUCUUUGGGAAGUGAUACCACCACUUUGGACAGUCAAGAUUUUCUAUGUAAGACCUGAACAUGUUUCCUAUACUGCCAGGAAUGUGUAUAUAUAUGAAGACAUAAGAUUGUAACUUUUGAGCAAGUCACUUCCUUUAACCAUUUGAAAUUUUCUGUUUCUGAAGUUCUCUAUUAAUAUAUUAGACACUUGUCUUAUACUGUGUACUUCUUUGUAUCAGCUGUAUACUAUAUUCUUCCUUUCUCUCAUUAAAACCUGUUCUUCCUCA